GCGUCCCGUGUCGCAGCGCGGGCAGCGGGCGCCGUUCGCCAUCGCCGCGGCGCCAUGCGGUGCGUCGUGACGGGAGGCAACGUGAAAGUCCUCGGCAAGGCCGUGCACGCGCUGUCCCGCAUCGGUGACGAGCUCUACCUGGAGGCCACCGAGAGCGGGCUGUCCCUGCGCGCCGUCAACGCCUCGCGCUCGGCCUUCGCCUCCUUCCUCUUCGCGCCGCUCUUCUUCCAGCAGUACGAGCGGGGCAGCCCCUCGCGCGGCGGGCAGCCGCUGCGCUGCAAGGUGCUCAUGAAGUCCUUCCUGGGCGUCUUCCGCUCGCUGCCCGCGCUGGAGAAGACGGUGGGCAAGUGCCUGCUGGUGCUGAGGCCGCCGGCGGGGCGCCUGGUCGUGCAGCUGCACUGCAAGCACGGUGUCACCCGCACCCACAGCCUGGCGUCCCAGGAGUGCGAGCGGCUGCAGGCCGUGUUCAGCACGCAGCGCUGCGCGCACAGGCUGCGCGCGCCCGCGCGGUGAGCGCUGCCGCGCCGCGGGGACACCGCGGGGACACCGGGACACCGGGAUCGAGGGGGACAACGGGAUGAGUCAGGGCCCGGCAGGACCAUGGUGACCGAGCUGUGGCUGGCGGAGGACGAGUUCCAGGACGUGGCGGCGGCGCCGGGCGCCUGCGUCACCUUCUGCCUCAAGGAGUUCCGGGGGCUGCUCACCUUCGCCGAGGCCUCCAACCUGCCCCUCACCAUCCACUACGACGCGCCGGGCAGGCCCGCCGUGUUCACGCUGGACGAGCCCCUGCUCCAAGUGCACCUGGUCCUGGCCACCCUCUCGGACCCCGACAGUGGCUCCCGCUCCCCGCCGGACAACGGCGCCUCCACGCCGCCCGCCCCUCCGGACGACUUCGCCGACGACCUCGAGUCCUACAUGCUGGCCGUGGAGACRGGCGCGAGCGAGGGCGGCUCGGGCGCCCCGCCGAGCCCCACGUUCCCGCCGGGCCCGGCCCCCGGCGAGGAGGAGGAGGAGGAGGAGGCCGUGCCAGGGACGCCCCCUCACAAGAAGUUCCGCUCGCUGUUCUUCGGCUCGGUGCUGACGCCGGGGGAGCGGCGCGCGGCGCCCACGCAGGAGGUGCUGGCCGAGGACAGCGACGGCGAGUGCUGA